AUGGCAUACAAAUCCUACAAGCCGGAAUUACUCAUGUGUCAGAUCCUACAGCCAGAUAAAUUCAGCGACUUGACUUUCACAUGUCGAGGUAGGAGCUAUCGGGUUCACAAGUCCAUGGUGUUUCCACAAUCCCCAGUAAUCGAAGCCGCUUGUAGCGGACUACUUCAGAUAGCCAAUGACGAUGUUGUUGAAAUGAGCGGUUUUGAUAUCGAGACCGUCGAGACUAUGAUCGAGUACCUUUACACUUCGAAUUAUACGGUCUCACUGCUCCAGGAAACAUCCGACGCAUCUGAAAACAACGGAGGAACAAAGCCUGCGAAAUCACCGAUAAUCCAGGCUCUCAUUCCUCAUCUCAAGAUGUUCAAUAUAGCGAACCAUUACCAAAUUGACGAGUUGAAGCAAAAGACCCGUGAUAAAAUCCAGAGGACUGUGACAAAAGAAUCAUAUUAUACCAUGUCCUUUGAAACCGCCAGGUUCACAUAUAAGAUGACCAACGAUUCGGAAAUCCGACAAUCUAUCGCUAGACAUAUUGUGGCUAGCUGCUCUGCUUUCAAUUACGAUCAUACAUGGUCGGAACUGACCAAGGAUGCUCUUGUCAUUGAUGUAUUGAGAGAAUUGACCACAGGGUUGAUACAAGCCCAUGCUGAUCUCUCGGACUGGUCUCUUUGA